CAGUUCUGCAAACCACACUUGACAUAUAAAGGCCACGGUGAAAAACAAUAAUGCAUUGCACAGGGUGAAGGUUCGAAAACGUACACAAUGACAGGGACGCACAAAGCGUAUAGGAAUGACACGCCGAACGGUGCUGCGGACGUCCGGCAAGACUCUGCCGCUGUCUCGGAUUCUGUCAGUUGGGAAUGCGACACCCUGUUAGAUGAUCUGAAGAUGAGGGAAUGGUGGCUACACGUCAGCUUGAUCUGCAUACCUCUGAUCGCAGUCUAUCUGCACAUCCCUCCUCCUCAACUCUCCCCCGCGCUUCAGAAGUGGCAUUCCUCAGGCGCCUACUUCACUUUCAGAGGCAACAGAAUCUUCUACAGAGAUACCCAGGGGUCUGUGGGCAGCUCAGACGUAGCCAUCCUGCUCCAUGGUUUCCCCACUUCAAGCUUGGACUGGCACAAGAUUUGGGAGCCGCUCAAUCAACGAUUUAACCGUGUCAUUGCUCUGGACUUCCUGGGUUUCGGCUUCAGUGACAAACCGAGACCCCACAGGUACUCCAUCUUUGAGCAGGCCAGCGUGGUGGAGGCUCUGCUGUCUCACCUGGGGCUGGCGGAGCACAAGCUAAACCUGCUCUCCCACGACUACGGAGACACUGUUGCCCUGGAGCUGCUCUACAGGACCGACCACAACAGGACGGGACACCUCAACAUCAACAGUCUCUGUUUAUCAAACGGAGGGGUGUUCCCAGAAACGCAUCACCCCAGGGUGCUACAAACGCUACUCAAGGACUCCAGUUUCCUGUCCCCAGUUCUCACCCGUCUCACCAACUACAUGAUUUUCUCAAAGGGAAUCGCAGAGGUGUUCGGCCCGUACACCCAGCCCUCAGAUGCCGAGUACUGGGACAUGUGGACAGGUGUUCGCUACAACGAUGGCAACCUGGUCAUGGACAGCAUUCUGCAGUUUAUCAACCAGCGGGUGAAACACAGAGACAGAUGGGUUGAAGCCCUCUCCUCCACCAGCAUCCCCCUACACAUGAUCUACGGACCCCUUGACCCAGUCAACCCCCAUCCACAGUUUAUCAUCCAUUACCAGAAGCUGGUCCGCAGGUCGACUGUGUUGGUUCUGGACGAACACAUCAGCCACUACCCGCAGCUCGAGGACCCCACCGGAUUCCUCAACUCCUACCUGAACUUCAUCAACUCCUUCUGAACAGAUGCUGUUUGUGCGCUCAACACAGCUCAUCGACUCGUUAGUUUUAUUGUGUAAAUUAAAAAUAUAAACGACCAAAAAUGACUAACCAGCACGGAAAGGAAGAAUAGAUUUUGACUUGAUGUUAUGUUGCAGUUUGCGAGAUUG